CCAACAUUGAAGUGGUUGUCCAGACUGGAUUAGCAACAGCUGAAGGACUAGCUGUGGAUUGGAUCGGGAAUAACCUUUACUGGGUGGAAUCUAACCUAGACCAAAUUGAAGUAGCCAAAUUGAAUGGGAGUUUUCGUAGAACUCUCAUUGCAGGAGAUAUGGAAUCUCCCCGGGGCAAUAGCACUUGACCCUAGAUAUGGAUUGCUAUUCUGGACCGAUUGGGAUCAGAAUUCUCCGCGAAUCGAGAGAUGCAGCAUGAGCGGAGACCAUCGUCAUGUCGUCGUGUUUAUUGAGAAGAUGUCGGACGGUGCAUGGCCCAAUGGCCUCACAUUGGACUACGAGUUGAAGCGCAUAUACUGGAUUGAUGCAAGAAUCGACUCUAUCUUCACCGUGACAUAUGAUGGAGCCGACCAGAGAGAAGUGAUGGGCCAACAUGAAACGCUGUCGCAUCCGUUUGCGAUUGGCCUGUUUGAAGGCCACGUGUACUGGACAGAUUGGCGAACCAAUUCAGUGAUGCGAGCCAACAAGUGGAACGGCUCUGAUGUCACUGUCAUGUACCGUACGUUCACUCAGCCCUUUGACGUACAAAUCCUCCACUCUAGUCGGCAGCCUCGCUUGAUGAAUGAGAAGGUAUUGUUGUUCUCAAGAACGAAUGAAAUAAGAGGAGUGGAUCUGUAUCAGCCUUACUACCAUACGAUACCGACUAUCAGUCUACCCCAAGUUCUUUCGCCUUCGCAAGUUGAUUAUGUGGCUAAAAACAAGUCGAUAUUUUGGAUUGAUACAACGAUCAGUGAGGUUAAACGAUCGUCAUUGAUCGGUGGAAAGACCAGUACAAUAAUUGACACAGGUAUAUCAAAUCCUAUGGGCUUUGCUGUGGACUGGAUUGGGGACAACAUGUUCAUCGCUUACAGCAGCAUCAAGGAACCAUACACUAUUUAUGCUUGCACAUUGGAUGGAGAAUAUAUCACUACCAUCUAUUCUGGACCAAGCAUUGAUGAAAGUCCAUUCGAGGGCUACAGAAUACGGGGUCUGGCAGUCGACCCUCAUAGGGGAAAAAUCUAUUGGAGUCAACAGAAAGUUGCCGGUAUGAACGACAUAGAAGCAAGCAACAUGGAUGGCAGUGACCGGCAUACCAUCACAACUCAAAGAGAAAAUAAAGUUCUGUCUGCAGUCUGUAGUUUGAUAGUCGAUCAUGUUGAUAACAGACUCUACUGGGUGAAUGUGGAGUCUCAAACAAUUCAAUUUUACAAUUUCAUCGACAAAUCCAUAACAACAGUACCAUUACCGGCUGGUACAUCACCUUCAGCCGCUACAAUAUACGAUGGCUUACUUUAUUAUGCUGAUUUGAAUGACUCUGCCAUACAUUCUGUCCAUAAAACCUCAGGAAGUGGACAUGAAAUCAUCCGAAAUAAUACCAGUCACGUGAUGUCAUUGAAAAUUUACGACCCAACAGUGCAAGCCGGAGAAAAUGCUUGCUCUAUGAAUCGAGGCAACUGCUCCCACCUCUGCUUGAUGGUGUCUCAAACUAGUCGAGUUUGUAAAUGUGCUACAGGCUAUAAAACCGAUCCUAACGACCCAACAAAAUGUAUUGGCGUUGAAGAGCUACUCAUAUACUCGAUCAGCUAUGAGAUAAAGGGCUUGUCAUUGGACGAGGCGAGCAGAAACAUGAGCGACGUCCUGGCUCCGAUCUCCCGGGUGGCAAUGGCUACCGGAGUGGACUUCGACGCGGAGAGUGACUACCUGUACUGGGCAGACAGUGACCACGGCACAGUGUCACGCAUCAAGCGAGACGGCACGGCCAGACAGGUUGUGGUUGAGCCCUUCGACUCAGUCAUGUUUUCAGGCAUGUUCGAUGCCUUGAUGGAGAACUCCAACUCUGUCGAUCUGUUAUCGGGAUUGGCGGUUGACUGGAUCAGUGGCAAUCUUUACUGGACGAAUCCGCAACAGAAUGCAAUCGAGGUGAGUCGACUUAACGGCAGCCACAGGUUUGUGGUCCUGUCGACGGGUUUGAGCUCGCCUCACUGCCUCAGUCUGGAUCCCGUCCAUGGUCUCAUGUUCUGGAUUGAUGGAGGUCAGUUUCCACGCAUCUCACGCACAGCGCUCGACGGGUCGAACCGCGCUCUUCUCUUGAACGCCACCAAUCUAGGGGUCAACGAUAUUGCUCUCGAUGUAUUGGGUCAAAAACUCUACUGGACCGACUCCUACACACAAAGUAUUGAGUGGAUGAACUACGAUGGCUCCAUGAGAGAGGUUCUCUUACAUGGUAGUCCUCUUGAAAAUCCUUUCUCAUUGGCCUUCCAUGAUGAUAAACUGUACUGGAUUGAUAUAGUGUAUAUGAGAGGGAGCAUCCUAUCAGCUCCAAGCAGGAACGUAUCCAACUUCACUGUGCUCAUAAAUGGCCUUGGUGAAUCGCUCAAAGAUCUGGCCGUAUAUUCUAAAAAGCAUAGGCAGGGUACCAACCCUUGCGCUGUCGAUAACGGUGGAUGUGAAGAAUUAUGUCUCUUCAAUGGCACUUAUCCUGUGUGUAUGUGCUCACAUGGACUUGUUGCCGAAGAUGGAAAGACAUGUAAAGAAUAUUCGAGUUUUCUAAUGUACAGCAGAGUUGUAAGGAUCGAUUCAGUUCAUAUGGAUACAGGAGCCAAUACUAUGAACUCUCCAUUCCCAAGCAUUCAAUCCAAGGAAUUGAUGAAAAAUGCCAUUGGACUCACUUUUGACUAUAAGAGACAGACGCUCUACUAUUCAGAUAUACAGAGAAGUGCUAUCAAUGCGGUCAAUUUUAACGGAUCCAACCAUCGCAUUGUCAUAGAUCGUCAAGGCUCAGUGGAGGGCAUGUCUUAUAACUCAGUUGAUAAUGUCAUUUAUUGGACGUGCAAUAACGAUGCCACUAUAAAUAGGUUGAACCUUACUGAGCCGAUUCCAAAACAGGCAGAAGCUCUGAUCAAGCUCGGUGUCAAUGAUAAACCACGGGGUAUCGCUGUCGAUGCAUGCGAUUCCCGGGUUUAUUGGACCAACUGGAACUCUCACCAUCCUAGUAUACAGCGAUCAUUCACUACUAUAAAUUCCAUAGAAUCGAUCAUCACUACUGAUAUCCGUAUGCCGAAUGCAUUAACCCUGGACCACCCCGCGCAGAAAAUCUACUGGGGAGAUGCUCGAUUGGAUAAAAUAGAGAGGGCCGACUACGAUGGAUCGAAUCGAGUUGUGUUAACUUCAAUCAUGCCUCAGCAUCCAUUCGACAUAGCAGUUUACGGAGAGUUUAUAUUUUGGACUGAUUGGGUGAUCCAUGCGGUGAUACGUGCCAAUAAGUACACAGGAGAAGAGGUCACCAUACUGCGCCGGGACAUUCCUAGACCAAUGGCAAUUGUCGCUGUUGCAAACGACACUGAUGACUGCUUCUCAAACCCUUGCAGACAACACAACGAUGGCUGCUCGGAUAUAUGCAGACUGACGGCCGAUGGCCAUUCAUACUGUGAGUGUGGCAAAGAUCGCGUGCUCACUGACGCAAAGAACUGUGUCGACUGGACUCCACCUGAUUGCCCAUCGGACCAGUUCCGCUGUCACAAUGGAUUCUGUGUCCCCUACUCGGCCACCUGCGAUGGAAUCAACCACUGUGCCGACAAUUCGGACGAGGAGGAAGGCUAUUGUUCAAAGCGCAUGUGCGUACCUGGCUACUUCCGAUGCCAUAACAACCGUUGCAUAGUCUUGGAGGAGGUUUGCAACGAUGCCAACGACUGCGGAGACAACUCGGAUGAGGUGAACUGCACGUGUGAGACCGAGGGUCACUUCAAGUGUCGCAACGGACCCUGCAUAGAGGCUCGACUUGUAUGCGACAAUGACCCUGACUGCCCCGAUGCUAGCGAUGAGAUGGGCUGUCCUCCCAGAAACUGUUCAAAUCCCCUGAUCUGCCCAAGUUGUGUGCAGCCCAUGGCCCAUUUGAUCAACUGUGAAACCACCACCGCUUGCAUCCAUCCCACCUGGAUUUGUGAUGGCCAUAAUGACUGUUGGGACAAUUCUGAUGAAAAAAAUUGUACAGCUUCAACUGUGACACCAAUUGAAACGAUCUCUAGCACAUGUCCGGCAACCAAGUUCCGUUGUGCGACCGGCGCUUGCAUCACGGCCGCAUGGCGGUGUGACGGAGACAACGACUGUGAUGAUGGCUCGCCGAGCUCGGACGAACUGCACUGUUUGCAUUCGUGUCGCGACGACCAGUUCCAGUGCCAGACCAAGAGCGAGUGUGUGCCUGAAACGUGGCAGUGCGACGGCACCAAGGACUGCACCGAUGGGUCGGACGAGUCCGAGAACUGCAGUAAGUGUUUGCUGAAUAUUGAAUAUUACUGCGAUGGCGAAGACGACUGCGGCGACAAUUCAGACGAGCCAGCCUCCUGCCAAGUGGCGGCCUCAUGUCCCGAUGGCUGGCUGGCCUGUCGCAAUGGCAAAUGCAUCGUGGCCGCCCUGGCCUGCAACGGAGUGGACGACUGCGGCGAUAACUCGGACGAGGAAGGCGAAUGCCACAUGACUGGUGCCAACGACUGUCAUGGCGCCGAUGUGUUCCAGUGCCACAACUCGCUCUGCAUCAACCAGACGCUCGUCUGUGACGGCGAGAACAACUGUGGUGAUUUCAGCGAUGAGGAAUCUUGCAAUGUGGAUGAGUGUGAGCUUCACAAGCCAUGCGCACACGAAUGUCACGACCUGCAAGUGGGCUAUGAGUGUCGGUGUCGUGAGGGCUACAAGGUACAUCCGCAUAACCAACACCUCUGUCACGAUGUGGACGAGUGCAAUGACCUCGAAAUUCCCAAACCCUGUUCACAAACGUGUCGUAAUACGGUCGGCUCGUAUGUGUGCUCAUGUAUUGAGGGAUAUGUGUUGCUGCGUGAUGGUCAUUCUUGCAAAGCUAAUUCCACCGAAGACGUGAAGCUAAUAUUCUCGAAUAAAUACUACAUCCGUCAACUAGACACGAAUGGUGAUGCUACAUUAUUGGCUAACAAUCUGACCAAUGCCGUGGCACUUGACUUUGAUUGGCUAGAAGGAUGCGUCUAUUGGUCGGACGUAACGGCUCUCCGGAGCUCUAUUAAACGAUUCUGCAAUGAUUCAUCUCAUCAGAUAUGUAUACUGGACAGACUGGGGUGAAUCACCGCAUAUUGGCAAGAUGGGCAUGGAUGGUUCAUAUCCAAGAGUGAUCGUCAGCAAAUUCCUUGGAUGGCCCAAUGCUUUGGUGCUCUCAUAUGAAACCAAUGAACUUUUCUGGGCGGAUGCUAGGGAAGAUUACAUAGGAAUGUCUAAUUUAGAUGGAGAAAACGUUCGCAUUGUGAUGAGUAGAGCCAGCAACCCGAACCUUAAGCUUCACCACGUUUUCGCAAUAGCAGUUUUUGAAAACUAUCUGUACUGGACCGACUGGGAAUUGAAGACUGUGGAACGCUGUCAUAAGUACACCGGUGAUGACUGCAAAACUAUGAUAAUGACUAUACACAGGCCAAUGGAUAUACAUGUCUAUCACCCUUAUAGACAGACUAAAGUUGAGCCGAAUCCCUGCUUGAACAACGGCAACUGUUCGACCCUUUGCCUGCUGUCUCCUGGCGGGAGAGAGAGGACCUGCGCGUGUCCCGAGAGUUUUGUGGCUGAAGGGGAUCAUUGUGUGGCCAAUUGUUCUUCCGCACAGUUCGAAUGCACAAAGGCUCACAAGUGCAUUCCCUUCUGGUGGAAGUGUGACACUCAGGACGAUUGUGGGGACGGUGCGGACGAGCCAACGAAUUGUCCAAAGUUUGAGUGUCUUCCUGGCCAGUUCCAGUGCGCCAACAAGAAGUGUGUGCAUCCCUCUCAGCUCUGCGACAGUGUUUCAGACUGUGGUGAUGGAACUGACGAGUACGACUGCCAUCAGUAUACUUGUCUAGCGACGCAAUUCAAAUGCAAAGCAGGCAAUGGGACAUUAUCGGAUUUUUGCAUAAAUCUGAGCAAAAGAUGCGAUGGAAUUCCGGACUGUCCCAAUCAUGAAGACGAGCACGACUGUCCACCAAAUACUUGUCAAGGAAAUCAGUACGCAUGUGACAGCGGCAAAUGUAUUCCAUUGGUAUGGGUGUGCGACGGAGACAACGACUGCCAUGACGGUUCAGACGAGGGAGCGGUUUGUGCGAAUCGCACCUGCGCCGGAACCCACUUCCGGUGUCCCAACGGCCGAUGCAUCCCGCAGACGUGGAUCUGCGAUGGCCAGCCCGACUGUCCCCACAACGAGGAUGAACCUCCCUCCUGCAGCGACCCAUCCCAACACAAAUGUGAUCCCACCUAUUUCCGCUGCAACAACAACAAAUGCAUUCCUGGGCGUUUCCGAUGCGACUAUGACAAUGAUUGUGAUGACGGUUCGGACGAGUUGAACUGCGAGCGACGAGAGUGCAGCGAGUCUGAGUUCCGGUGCAACGACGGUCGCUGCAUUCGCGGUGCACUGCGCUGUGACGGAGAAUACAACUGCGGUGACAGAAGCGACGAGACCGACUGUAACACUACAUGUUCUGAUAAGGAGUUUCUCUGUCGCAACCUCAAGCAUUGUAUCUACAUUGAGUACAGAUGUGACGGCGACAUGGACUGUUUCGAUGGCACUGAUGAGCAGAACUGCACGGCUGAAUGUGACACGGAGACUCACUUCUCAUGCGUCAAUGACAGCUUUUGCAUUCCACUCGCCUGGCGUUGUGAUGGGCAGAACGACUGCAAAGAUGCCAGUGACGAAUAUGAAGAAACCUGUGCUCACGCUGCCUGCCAAUUUGGAAGAUUCAGAUGCACGAACAACAAAUGUAUCCCGCGCGCGAGCGUAUGUAACGGAGUGGAUAACUGCGGCGACGGUUCGGACGAAUUACAUGAGGCGUGCUUGGCGCAUGCGCACUGCGACAACGGUCAGGAGAUGCGAUGUCACGACGGCAGCUGCAUCUCGCGUCAUUUAGUAUGCGACGGACAGUCGGACUGUCCGGAUGGUGCUGAUGAGGCCAAUUGCCAUGACAGCGCUUGCCUCAAUUCCAACUGCUCGCAAAUAUGUUUGCCGCACAGACAUAACUUCACCUGCCGCUGUGCCGAGGGAUACCAGAUGAACCUGGCUACGAUGGAGUGUGAAGCUAAAGGAUUCCCGGCUUACCUUCUGGUAUCGAGCAGUGUCUUGAUACAGGCAAUUGAUCCUUACAAACCCCACGAAAGUGCUCUUCACACAGUUGAUACCACUGGCAACUUCAAGGCAGACUCAAUGGAUGUCUACAUCACCGACAAUGAAACCACUAUUUUCUGGAUUGACAAGCACCUAAAGCAAAUCAGUAGCACACGGAUCAGUUUCAAAGGAGAUGGGGAAGUGAGGGGAGCCGAUGGAAGGCCGAUUAUUGAGGGCGUACAUCAGACCAAUGACAUCGAACUGAAGAAUCUUGUGGAUCCAAGAAGUAUGUCGGUCGACUGGGUUGGUAAACUGAUUUACUGGUUGGAUGGAGCCACCAGAGAACUGGCUGUAGCUUCAUUCGAUGGAACCAAACAGCUGACUCUCAUCUACAACUUGCAACAUCCAUUAGAUGUGGUCGUGGAUCCUGCUAGCAGCAAAUUAUUCUAUUCAUUAGCUGAUAGCAACCCUCGUAUUGAUUCAGCAUGGAUGGAUGGAACAGAAGUGAAAACGAUAGUAGCAAGAAUGGAAUAUCCCGUAGGAUUGGCCAUAGACUUUCCAGCUUCAAGAAUCUAUUGGACAGACACAAAAGCUAUGAUCAUAGGCUCUGCGCUACUUGAUGGUAGUGGGCGCAAGGUUGUGCAUAAGUUUGAUUAUGAUACAAGGCCACGUAGCUUGGAUGUAUUUGAAGACUGGAUUUACUAUGGUUCAGACCACACCAACAACUUAUGGAAGAUAAGCAAGUUUGGAAAGCAAAAUGAUACGAUAAAACCAGUCAACUUGACUGAUGGAUUGGCGAGCGUCAUUGAUCUAGUCAUUGUCCAAAAGGCAAAACAGCAAGCUGUUACGAAUCACUGUUCUCCAGGAGCAUGUCAUCCUUCGGCAAUAUGUAUGCUGAGUGCGCCGCCUACGUUGCACACAUGCGCAUGCCCCAAUGGUCUGAGGCUGGUUGACGCUAAUGGCACUGCUGUCACAAGCACCACUCCGUCUCCACUUGUUCCAAAACAUCUGCACACUACCACUGAUCCAAAUGUGGCUUGCUUGCCAUCAAAAACAUGUAACCUGGACUGCCAUGCUGGCGUUUGCAAGACGGACUCAUUGGGCCACGCUCGCUGCGAAUGUCACCCGCUGUUCCAUGGACCACGCUGCGAACGUUACCACUGCUCUCGCUAUUGCCUGAACGGCGGCUUCUGUCAUGUAAGAGUGGAUCUGAAGUCGAGUCCAGACGCGCACAAACUCAGCUGCUUCUGUCUGCCCUCGUUCACGGGGCCAAGAUGUGAGACUCCCUUGCCGCCUUCUGUGGGUCCAGCUACUGGGUCCACUUGUCAACUGCACUGCUACAAUGGAGGCACAUGUUUGUACAAUUCCACUUGCGCUUGUCCACCACAUUUCACUGGUGCAAGAUGUGAGAGCUGCGUGGACUUGUCGUGUCACAAUGGCGGACAUUGCUCGUUGAAUGGGUCAUCGCGGUGCAACUGCCCAGCCGGCUACCACGGCCGUCGAUGUCAGAAGUCGCAGUGUGACGCUUUCUGCUUGAAUGGGGGAAAUUGCACCAUCAACAGCCAAGGCAAACCAGCUUGCCAGUGCUCUCAGGAAUACCGUGGUAAACGCUGUGAUAAAGAAGUCUGCGACCAGUACUGCCAGAAUGGAGGAACCUGUUUGGUGGCGAAUGGAAAAGCGAGAUGUGUGUGCAGUGAUAUCCACACGGGGCGUCACUGUCAGGUGAAUGUGUGUGAGUGCUCGGCCAGCGAUUGCCCUCCGGACGACGACGAAUGUGAUUGCCAACCUAUGCUGCCCAACAAUUGUUGCAAACGACAUGGCUUCGACAAAUAUUGUUUCAGAGGCACUUGUCGGCUGGAGAACGGAAUGCCUAAAUGCCGAUGUCAUGCGGGUUACUCCGGCGAGCGGUGUAUGACGACCAUUGACUCAACUCAUGCCAAGAGUGAGAACGAAGAGAAUAGGUCAACCUCACCUUUGCUCUUGGUGUGCAUUCUCUUGAUCGCUGCACUAGUCUCUGCUGGUUUCCUUCUUUACUUACUGGUCUUCCGUAGAAGCUCUAGACCAUUCAGUCACAUGAGAAUGCCAGAGAAUGUUGAAAUCAACAACCCUAUGUACCAAAGCCAGGACUUGGAGGAUGAUGGAGAUGCCAUUGCUAGGGACUUCACCCUCGACAAUGAAAGGGUAUCGAAUUUCGGAAAUCCAGUGUACGAGUCGAUGUACAACCCUGGUCAGGUGAGUCUGAUGGAGGAGAAGAAGGGAUUGCUCGGACACGAAUUGCAAUCUGCCGACUCGCAGAAACUGUCAACAUUGAUGGCCAGUGAAAGUAGUCGUAGCAAUAUUUGAAUCGCUUCGACUUUGACUAGAGCUUAAGACUGUAUAAACGACAAUGUCAUCAUGAUACUCAUUGUAUAAAGUAGCUAUAAAUUUAGUUAAGUCUUCCGUAUCCCUUUGGUGUUUUUUAUUAACGCAGAAUUUUCUCAUUGAAAUCAAAUUAAGAAAAUAUCCUUUAUUAGGCGGAGUUGAUCAACUCUUGAGUCCCAGCAGCUGCAUAAAUAAGUACAAUUUGAGAUGAUAAGUGAGUGAUAAGUUGAUAAUGAUUUUAAUCUAAUAUGUAAGUGAUGUGUGUAUUACAACAUUUCUUGUUUUGGAAUGAAUGCCGAUUGGAACAUUUUUUGUGAUAGAAUCAUUAAGUGGUAACAAUGGUCAGAAUUUUUGUUUCUAUGUGAUAUUUGAUAUAAUUGUAACAAUCAUUGUUAAUGGUUGUUUAAGCUCCGAGUUUGUGGGAUUUGUAACAUGAUAAUAUUAUUCGCAGAACCGAAUUCAAUAGAAUUUCAAUAAAAUGAGCAAUAAAAAAUCAAGAACAUUCUAAAAACUGACACCAAAAGCGUAUUCCCGAAUGAUAUAAAAUAAUUGUUUGACUAUUUGAAAAAACAUAGUGAUAUAUUUUUAACUGUCUACUGUCUCACAAAUAUUCAAAGAAAAUUUACAUUUUAAGCAUGUAUUGUGAGCGAUGGUAGAACGUAGUUUUAAGCAAUUCAAUAUGAGAAUACGGAAAAUUAGCAUGAUCACAUUCUUUGUAAACUGAAAGAGAUAGUGACCAUAUUAUUUGUUAGACUAAAUUGAGACUUCUGAGUCCUCUCUAGCAUUUCAAAUUCUAGCUCUCUGAAAUUUCAAAACACUACUCUUAUUUUACAUCUUCACAAUUACUUUCAUUAAUUCUUUUAAAAAUUAAAGUUAUAUUCAUAACACAAUAAACUUCAGCAACCCGUUUUUCAAUAUACGACUCUCGUUUAGGCAUACUAUUUUUUGUUAACGGAUAACCCCAAAGUUUCCAUCUUUAAUUGUUUUAAAUAAAGAAUAUAAAAUUCAGUUACUCAUUUAGUGAUGUAAGAAGGUUGAUUUUAGAAAAAAUAAUUAUUUUUUAAAUACCAAAAUAAUGUCAAAUAUGCAUAUUUUAAUACUUUCACCUAAUGUGGCACGAAUAAUCAUUUCUAAUCAUAAAUUAAAUCAAACUUACCAGCUUCAUUUCCAGAUUAUGUAUUUAUAUGAAAAAUCAUGUGUGAUUAUGCAAAUGAGUUUUCAUAGUAUAAAUAUUAUUUGUUGGUUAUAUAUGUUUUAUAUAAUUUUUAUCGAGGAUGAUCAACCCAAUGAUUGCUGGUCUCACUCUGUCAAGCACUUUUAACAUCACAAUUAGUCUACUUCUCAUAUUAAGAAAAAAAUGAUUCCUUUUGAUAUUAUUUACGAAACAUUUGUACAUUUUUAGUUUUAUUAUUUUACCAUUAUAUUUUUGAAUUACCUUGACAUCACAAUAUAUAUUGAAUCGUGAAACUACCCUAUUUGUUUAGAAAAAUGUAUCCCUAUUAUUAUAUUCAACGAAAGUAUGCAAUGCAUUGUAAUUUUGAUUGUGUUUACUUCUUCUCAUAAUAAAGUAGGUAGUAAAUAGUUAGGAAGGUUAUAUGUUUUUUUUUAAUUCGUUGUAUACUAUUGUAAUAAUUGAUGCUAUUUACUAUUCCUCUAACUUUCCUUUUCAAACGACUGCCAUAAAAUACAUUUUAUGUUUUUAAAAUCAAUUUUUGGUUAUUCGUUACUGAUCGUCUCAAAUAUAUUCAAAAACUGACAACUGCGAAGUUGACUAUUGAUAUCGUAGACAAAGACUUUUGUAAUGUUGUACGAUAUUUUCUUAAUUUUCAACUGUAGCUUGAAAAUUUGAAUAAUUAUUAUCUUGUACAUUCAUGUCUAGUUAAAGAAAACGCCAGCCAGUUAAGUGACUAUUUUUUUAACUGUAGGUCAAAAUAUACCUUGAAAGUCAAAUUCAUUAAAAAUCAUUUCAUUUGCAACGUUUGUCAAAUAUAUUAUUUAGUUUUUGAAUUGGUUGUCUGCUGUAAAAAACAGUGUUCGUAUAAGCAGCUGUCGGAUUAGCGUUUAAGUUGGAAAAAUAUAUUUAUAAAUCUUGUGAUGAAUAGAUUUAAUUCAGAUUCAUAGAUUAUUUCUAUGGCUAUUCCUAUGAACUAGUAAAAUAAUUAUCAAUUUUUCUUGAGUAAUUUGUAAUUAGUCCAUCCUCACAAAUCAGUUUGAGCUUCCUCUCUUAUUCAAUUGAACAACGAUAAUUUAUUUCAUUCUAUGAUUCUUUAUCAAUGAUAUUAUAUCAUUUAUUGUAUAAUUCUUUAUUGACUAUCAUAGUUAUUCUUCGAUUCUACGUCAAUCAUAUUUAAUUUAUUCUACGACUCUUUAUCAAUGAUAUUAUAUUUUAUCUAAAACGCUUUAUCAAUGAUUUUAUUAUAUUAAAUAUAAUUUUAUUCUAUUUUAUUAUUAUUUAUUAAUCACAUCAUAUCUGGGUUCGAGGGUUGUCAACUGUUAAUAUGGUUGUGAAAUUGUUUAAUAGUCUGAUACCAUUAUUUUAACUUUAAAUUUCAACUUAGAACUAGAAUUCUACUACUUCUCCAACUCCACCCAAGAUUUAUCUGUUAAAAUCUAAUUUGAUCUUUGGAAAGUCCGUUUCAUUUCUAAUCCCAUGAUAUAAGCAGUCAUUAUUUUAAAUUAUCAAUAAAUUAAUCCACUGGAAUUUCCAAUUACCGUACUUGAAAUGAAUAACAAAACUGUACUGUAUCCAAUCCUCUUUACAGUACGGUACCGGUAUUCUAAAACUUGAUAUUCUUCAAAACUGUUCUAAGAAUAUAAAACAACUACACCUUGUGCCAACCAUUGUGCCAAUAACUAAACUGAGGUUAUGUGGUUUUUUUAAUCAUUAUGGACAAAUAACACAUCAGUCACAACACAGCUGCCAUCAAUUAUUCAUUACUCUUCAUCAUUUUAUGCGCUUCCUAUAACGUUCCUUCUAUUGAAAAAUAUUAUGUAUGGAAGAAGUUUUUGUCAAUAGAAUACUGAGCAAUAACUUAACAUAUUAAAAACUCGACGUGUAGAAAUAACUAUAUGAGAAAUUAUGAUAAAAUUUAUACGCAUAACUUGAAUGUUUUUUACAAAUAGAUUAAUACAUGAAACAAUGUGAAAUAUAUUUUUAUCUUGUUCUACUGAAUACAAUUCAGCAAAAGAUUCAAGUUCCUAUAAUAAUGAAAGCAAUACUCCAAGUAAUUUUACAUGGCUUUUCAGAUUUAUUUGUUUUUUCAUUCAAUUUUAUGAAGUAGACUUAGACAGUUGCCUUAAUGUUUGUGCAACGAUCAGCUUGUAAGUAGGUACUGUAACCUUAUCUUCUAUAUCGUCACUAUAACCUCAUCACUUCCAAUUAUAUAAUUAAUAAUUUUUAUUCCUUGAAUAUCAAUUAAUAUUUCAUUCAGAACUGAAUAUUCUAAAUGUAUACAUCCUAAAUGUUAAUUGACAUGCUAACUGUUUUAAAAUUAUUUAAUUGUUUUAAGUUUAUCUGGUUUUCAUAUUUUGUAAUUCUAAUCUUUUCAGUCCUAGAAAACGGUUGAACUGUACAUUCUGUAUUUUAUUUAAAUGGAUACAAACUGUUAUUUUUAUAGCCUGUAAGUUGAACGUGCCAAAAAAGUGAGUUAAGAUAUUUUUUACUUCAAUUUAAUUGUUGUCCAGUUUUUGUGAUUGACCUAAUUGAUUCACUACCUAUAAUGUGUACAAUACUUUAAAACAUGUAGGCCUACCUAGAGAAUGCUGAAGUGGACUGAAUCUGAUGGUGAUCAGUGAUCAGUUCAAAUUUAAAACUUACCCAAUGAUUCUGUGUGACAUUUAUAGAGAAUUUAUUAAUAUAGACUAAUUAUUAUUUUGUAAAAUUUCAAUAAAGCUAUUUAUUUAAAUAAUAAAAUAGCGUCAAGUUCUAAAAAAUACAUAAGAAGUGCGAAUCUGUAUUUAAUAGAAAUUGUUCAUAUAAUAGACUACAAUAACCCAUUGUAACUUUUUAUGAAUUUGGUUGUAUAUGUAUCUAAUAAUUUUAUUCGGAUACAUGGCAAGUAUUCUACUAUUAAAACAAUAAUGUAUUGAGUGAGGAUUUUGUUAUAUAAUUUGAAAUAAAUUUAUGAAGCAUGAAA